GCCGCCCGGCCCGGCCCGGCUCCGCUCGCCAUGGGAGAUGUGGUCUCCACGCACCUGGACGAGGGUCGCCGCCAGCACAUCGCGGAGAAGACGGGGAAGGUGCUGGGCGAGUUCUGCCGGUGCUACAAGGAGCAGUUUGGAGUAGCUCUCUUCAACAGCGUCCGCUAUGAGAUCGAGGGCGCCGGGGGCCCGCAGGCCCAGCUGCUGCACCGCAAGGUCCCACUGGAGGACCACGUCAUCUACUCAGGCAACAUCUUCCAGUACAUCGAGGAGAACAAGAAGUGGAGGAACCGCUUCUGCGUGGUGCCACACAACUACGGGCUGGUCCUCUACGAGAACAAACUGGCCUACGAGCGGGAGCUGCCGCCCCGGGUGUUGGUCAACAGUGCUGGCUACAAGGUCCUCACCUCCGUGGAGCAGUACCUGGAGCUGGUCAACAACAGCCUGCCAGGUGUGACACCGAAAUCUGGGCACUCCCCCAUCCUGAAGUGCCCCACGGAUUUCCCGCUGAUCCUGUGGCACCCCUAUGCCCGGCACUAUUAUUUCUGUGUGAUGACGGGCAAGGAGCAGGAGAAGUGGCGGGCGGUGUUCCAGGACUGCGUGCGGCACUGCAACAACGGGAUCUCCGAGGACUCCAAAGUGGAGGCUCCAGCCUUCACGGACGCCAUCCGCAUGUACCGGCAGUCCAAGGAGCAGUACGGCACCUGGGACAUGCUCUGCGGGAACGAGACCCAGGUCCUGAGCAACCUGGUGAUGGAGGAGCUGCUCCCCGAGCUGAGGAGCACCAUCGGCCCCCGGCUGAAGGGCAAAGCCCCGGAGCGCCAGCGGACCUGGAUCCAGGUGUCGGAUGCUGUCUAUAGGAUGGUCUAUGAGCUGGCCAAGGCGCAGUACGACGCAGCGGUGGCCAGGUGUGAGCAGGAGCGGCCGCAGCUGGAGAGCAGCAUCCGCACGGACAUGGACCAGAUCAUCACCUCCAAGGAGCACCUGGCCAGCAAGAUCCGAGCCUUCGUCCUGCCCAAGGCAGAGGUCUGUGUCCGUAACCACGUCCAGCCCUACAUCUCCUCCAUCCUGGAGGCCCUGAUGACCCCCACGAGCCAGGGCUUCGCCGAGGCGCGGGAGGUGUUCUUCAAGGAGGUGACCGACAUGAACAUGAACGUUGUCAACGAGGGCGGCCUGGAGAAGCUGGUGGAGUACAUGGAGAAGCUGUCCCACCUGGCCUUCCACCCCGUGAAGAUGCAGUCGUGCUAUGAGAAGAUGGACCAGCUGAAACUGGAGGGUCUUCAGCAGCGAUUUGAUGUCUCCAGCACGUCCGUCUUCAAGCAGAGGGCCCAGAUCCACAUGAGACAGCAAAUGGACGAUGCCGUGUACACCUUCGAGACACUGCUGCACCAGGAGCUGGGGAAGCUGCAGGGCAAGGACGACCUCUGCAAGUCCAUCCAGCGCAUCCUCGAGAGGGUGCUCAAGAAAUUCGACUAUGACAGCAGCACCGUGAGGAAGAAGUUCUUCAGGGAGGCCCUGCUGCAGAUCACCAUCCCCUUCCUGCUGAAAAAGCUGGCACCCACCUGCAAGGGGGAAUUAGCCAAGUUUCAGGAGCUGAUCUUCGAGGACUUUGCCAGUUUCAUCCUGGUGGAGAACACCUACGAGGAGGUGGUGCUGCAGUCGGUGAUGAAAGACAUCAUGCAAGCUGUGAAGGAGGCGGCCGUGCAGCGGAAGCACAACCUGUACAGGGACAGCAUGGUGAUGCACAACAGCGAUCCCAACCUGCACCUGCUGGGAGAGGGCCCGGCCAUCGACUGGAGCGAGGAGUACAGCGGGCAGCCCGAGGCCGAGCCGGCGGCCGAGCGGCGCCGCAGGGCCAAGCAGGUGGUGUCGGUCAUCCAGGACGACGAGGGGGCCCUGCCCUACGGGGCCGAGGCGCUGCUGCAGCCCGGCUCCCCCGAGCCACGGGAGCCAGGGGAGGCACAUCCCGGGGUGCCCCCGAGCCCCCCGGAUGCGGUGAAGGAGAUCCGGGAGGCGCUGGCACAGGAGAGCCUCGGGGAUGGCGCCGGGGCGGAGGAGCGGCUGAUGAACGGCACCGACGCCAGCGGUGCCAGCGAGGAGGGCGUGCUGCUGGCAGGGGCUGCCCCAGGGGAUGUCACACAGCAAGGUCCAGCCCGUGGUGGAGACGGGGUGCGCUGUGCCACGGUGGCAUCACCAGCACCUGGAGCUGAGAAUCCAUCAGGGAUUGGGAGAGAACGUGUCACACCAGCACCGUCACCUGUCCCUGGAGCUGAGAUCCCACCAGGGACUGGGAGAGAACGUGUCACACCAGCACCGUCACCUGUCCCUGGAGCCGAGGUCCCAUCAGGAGCUGGGACACGCCGGGCUGCACCAGCACCGCCUGUGCCUGGAGCUGAGGUGUCAUCAGGGGGGCAGUGUGCCACACCAGCAUCGUCACCUGUCCCUGGAGCUGAGGUCCCAUCAGGGACUGGGAGACAACGUCCUGGACCAGCAUCACCUGUGCUCAGAGCUGAUGUCCCAUCAGAGGCCGAAGUGCCACAUGCCACACCAAGAUCAUCCGUGCCAGCUUCCCCCAUGUCUGGAGCUGAUGUCCCAUCAGGGGCUGAGGUGCCACAGGUCACACCGAGAUCAUCCGUGCCAGCAUCUCCUGUGCCCAGAGCUGAUGUCCCAUCAGGGGCUGAGGUGCCACACGUCACACCAAGAUCAUCCGUGCCAGCGUCCCCCGUGCCAGCUGACCCCCCAUCAGUGUCCAGCGUGCCACACGCCACAGCAGCACCACCCAGCCCCCGAGCCGAUGUCCCAGCAGAGGCCAGCGUGCCCCAUGUCACAGCAGCACCACCUGGAGCCCAGAGCCCACCAGCAGCGUGUCACCAGCGCGGUGACAAGGAGACAGGUGACAAGGAGCACAGCCCCCCGCAGCCCAGGGGCACCACAGAGAGCGGUGAGGGGGUGCAGACUGAGUUCUAGCCCCAGCCCCCCGCCAUGGACUGGCCCCGGUGACGCUGGGGCUGGGGGAGGGGGAUAGGACCCCUGGGAUGGAGAGCAGCACUGCGGGAGAGGGAGGGGAUGGGGACACCGAGACCUUACUGCCUAACGGGGGUCCCGCUGCCGUGGGGGCUGCCCACAGCCACAGCCCCCGCCGGGCCGGGCUGGGGUGGCCCCAGUCUGGCACGGGGCAUCCCCUGCGCUCUGCUCUGUCCUUCUUCUGCCUUAUUUUCUUUCCUGCUGAGGAGAUGCUUUACUGAAGAGCUUUAUGUGCCCCCCACACCAGUGCCUGGGGCUGCUGGGGGGGCUGGCACUAGCCCUGCUGAGGGUGGGUGUGCGGGACACUCCUGGCUGUCCCCAGGGUUGUCCCUGUCCCAGUCUGGGGCGUUUCCUGGGAGCCUGCCCACUGCCAUCCCAGCCGGGGGGGUUCCUGGGAGCCUGCCCACUGCCAUCCCAGCCGGGGGGGUUCCUGGGAGCCUGCCCACUGCCAUCCCAGCCGGCCAGCUCCAGGAGCACCAGUGGGAGCAGGGGCUGCAGGGGGUGAUGGCAAACAGGAUGGCAAACAGGGACACAACAGGGACAGCAACGCUGAGGGGCUUGAGCCACUGCCAAGGGGGAGAGUGCUGGGACAGGUGUGGGCUGCUGGUGCCCAGACUGGGCUCACAGCAUCCAGGUCAGGCUCACAGCAUCAAGGCUGAGCUCCGGGUACCCAGGCUGGGCUCACAGCACCCAGAGCCCACCCCCAGCCAUCCUCACCCCUAGGAGCUCCUAUUCUAGGAGCUAUUUUAAGUUCAGAGUUCAGUCUCUGGGGGAAGGUGGCACUCAUGCCAUGUCCCAGCUGUGCCUGGCAGGACUGGGAUAAUGCCAGGCUCAGCUUGCUGUGCAGUGGAGAGAUCCCAGCCCUUGCCCUCCAGAUCUCUUCAGCACCUUCCAUGGAUGGUUUCUCCAGCUUUGCAGAUUUUGGCAUCUGCUGUGAUGGCUGAGCAAAGAGCAGGGGUUUGCUGAGCCCCCCUGUGUGUCAUGGGGACAGGACUGCUGUGCUGCAGCCCCCACAGAGUGAUGCCAGAAGCCCUGGAGGUGCUGGGGGUCUGCAGGACUCCUGGGUGUGACACCUGGAGCAGGGACCAGCACCCCGACACCCACCUGUGCUUAGGUGCCACCGUUCCUGCCUCAGAAGGGGGGUGCCCAGCCUAACCCACUCAGGGGGCCCCCAAAGUGCCUUGGGAGGCCCCUCUCAAAGUGCCUUUCUCUGUGAACUUCAAACCUGUCUCUUCCAGGAUAUUUUAUUAAGAAAGUUAUACAAAUGUUUAAAGAUAUGCUUAUAAUAAUUAAUAAAAUGGAAAAGCUUUAUUUAAA